AUGUCGGAGCUUCCACGUGAUUUAUUAGAAGAAAUAUUAUGUCGUGUUCCAGCUACAUCUCUAAAACGUUUUCGAUCUACUUGCAAACAAUGGAACCGUUUGUUGAACGACAAGAAGUUUUUAAAGAAGCAUUGUGAUAAAGCCGCUAAACAUUAUACGGUUCUCUCGCUAACAGAUGAGUCUAGACUUUGUUUGCUGAACGUGAAUUUCCAUAGUGGAGUUCCUAAUUCUCUAGAGGUUACAUGGGAUGAACUUAGCUUAAUCGAUCAAUCUAAGUCACAUCAAGUCAACAUAAAGCAAGUCUUUCACUGUGAUGGCUUGUUAUUAUGCACCAUCAAAGACAACACUAUAUUUGUUGUGGUUUGGAACCCGUGUACUGGUCAAACCAAAUGGAUCCCAACCAGCAAAGAUUGUAGUUUCCAUGACUUUGUUCUUGGAUAUCACCAAGACAAACAAACCGGUAACAAGAGCUACAGGAUAUUGAGCUAUAAGAGUUAUCAUUGUGGAGACCAAGAAUUUCAAGUUUAUGACAUUGACUCUAAUUCAUGGAGGAGUAUUAAUGUCACUCCGAUUCCAAACUACAACUUCGCAUAUCCUUAUUACCGCGUGUCUUUGAAUGGAAAGACUUAUUGGUUUGGUGUUGAUGAGAAAGAGGAAGAGCUCGGUUUAAUCAGUUUUGAUUAUGCAACCGAGAGAUUGGAACGUCUACAUCUUCCCUAUCAGUUUUAUCGUUAUGAUGAUUUGUAUCUAUCAGUUGUUGGAGAAGAAAAACUUUUGGUGUUAUUACAGCGCGAACAUACAUCAAGGAAAGAGAUAUGGGUAACAACAAAUAAGAUUGAUGAUGAGACCAAAGAUAUGUCAUGGAGCAAGCUUUUAGAAGUCGAAGUUGCUACUACUGGACAUGAAUCUUGGCUUGGCAUAAGUUUUUUGGUCCAUGAAAAAAAGAAUGUCGUCUUGUUUUGUGAGAAGCGUUUCUUUAACAACAAAGCGAUAAAACCAGUGUCCAUUGUUGAGGAGGAUGAUACAGUAAAAAAUGUGGAUUUUCGAGUUAGGACAAGGACUUCAUGUCGGCCAUAUUUGGUUGAUUAUGUUCCAAGUUUGAUUCAAAUCGAGCAACAUGGAAGCAAAAGAAGAAGAGGUCAAUAG